AUGAGGAAGAAGAAGAUGUUGAAGUCGAUGAGCAACGAGCUUCACAAGGAGUUAACAUUCUUACAAGGCAAGUUAUGGUACAGAUUUCGGUGCCACACCAAAUCUCUGCUAGAUGUAAUAAAAUACUGGAAGGAAGAGCCAAGGUACUAUGAAGCAUGCAAGAAAGAGGCCGAGAAGGAUGGAUUUGGAGGGCUAUUGGAGUUUCGACUAGCAAAUGUUCAUGAGAAUUUGUUUGAUUCCUUUAUGCCAUAG